AUGCUCUUGUCGCCAUCAGAUGAUAGACCCACGAUGCUGCUGUCGCCCUCAGCUGAUAGACUCACGAUUCUCCUGUCGCCCUCAGAUGGUAGACCCAUGAUGCUCCUGUCGCCCUCAGAUAAUAGACCAACGAUGCUCCAGUCGCUCUCAGAUGAUAGACCAACGAUGCUCUUGUCGCACUUAGAUCAUAGACCCAUGAUGCUCCUGUCGCCCUCAGAUGAUAGACCCACGAUGCUCCUGUCUCCCUCUGAUGAUAGACCAACGAUGCUCCUGUCGUUAUCAAAUGAUAGACCCCCACGUUGCUUAUGUCGCCCUCAGAUGAUAGACCCACGAUGGUCAUGUCGCCAUCAGAUGAUAGACCCACGAGGCUCUUGUCGCCCUAAGAUGAUUGAACCCUAA